UCUCCUGGGAUCAUGGCCUGUCUAUAUAAAGGAGAGCCCAGCCUUCUUUGCCGGUGCCACUGCUGAGUCAAGCUGACGUGAACAGACUUCCAGUAAUCCUGCGACUAAUGAAAACCUGCUCCACCCAACAACCUCCAGGCUCAAGAAAAGUUGACUGAGCCGGUCGAGUGCUCCAGAAAGUGUCGGACAUCCGGGAACCUAGCUGGUCGAGAUCAAGUUUAUGCAAGCCUGAAGAGCCUAAAGCGUAAAGAUGCAGGGGAAAGUCUUCUUCGCCCAAAGGAAAGCAGCAGUAGCACUGUGCAUUGUGCUGCUAAUGCUGGCUCAGCAGGUGUGUGCAGGUCCGUUGGUCCCUCAGGUAAAGUCUGGUUCUGACGACCAGAAGCCGGACUCAAGCGUCCGCACACUGAGGAGGAUAGCUCGGAUGACCCCGCUAUGGAGAAUCAUGAACAGUAAACCAUAUGGAGCUUACUGCCAGAACAACUAUGAAUGCUCCACAGGAUUCUGCAGUUACGGACGCUGCCGCUGCUCCGCCACAGAGGCUGUGAACGACUAGACGUCCCAGGAAAACAACCAGCGUGUUUACAUGAGUGUACAGCCAUAAUCCUAAUGAAAGGUUCUCAUAACUGGGAUUAUGCACAUAUCCAGGCUUUUUUUCCUUUUUCUAAAUUGGUUUAUAUAUUUAUAUGUCCAAAUAUGUUGCUGAUAAACUCUAAAUGUUUAUAUGAAUUUAUACAUCAGGUAUAUGCAAGAAAAGGCAAGGGUGCAAAUAACAAAAAACACUUGUUUCAUACGGCUAUGGACCAAAAACCUUUCAGCCCUGAUCUCAGAGCGGAGACUUUGUGAUUCUCUUCCCUGCCAGUAACUGUGGCCUUAGCUCCACAAAUGAUAUAACUUGGCACAGGGAAGACUGUGAACCUUGUAAGAGCUCAUGACCUUUACAUUGUUCCACAUUUCAUCAUCGCUGUCUCGUGUUGUUUUAAAUUAUCACCUGACUGUUGUAGACGGUCUUAUCAUUGCACUGAUAAUGUGUCAAAUGGAAUCAUUCGGGUUAGUUUGCGCUGUUGGAUAAGCUGCCGGUGCAUUACCUUUACUGAUUUGUUAUUAAUUCUGGUUAUAGCAACAACAUUUGUUACUUUAAACCCAAGAAUAACAUUUUAAAAAGCCACAUAUUUAACAGCAAAUGACCUAAAUGAUGACUUAUAUCAUAUAUAUACAUGUAUAUAUAUUAUUAUAUGUUGAUAACCAGCAAGAACAUCAUAAAAAAGUAGUUUUUUCCCCUUAAAUAAAGUACCCAAACUAUAAGAUUAGCCGCCUGACUUGCUGGGAUCUCAGUUGACUGAGGCAAAAGUGUUAAAGAGAGGAGAGAGAUAGACAAUACAAAGUACGAAAAAGGAGGAGACAAAAGGAAGGAGAUAAGACAAAGCAAAGAAAAAGGAUCAGACGUUACAAAAUAUUGAUGUUUAAAGUAGGAGCUUCUUGUCAAAGUUAGCAACAUUAUUCAUAAUGUAAUGCAUGCGUACUGAUUUGGUGUAAUGCAGUGAUUCUCAUAGUAUUUAUUUUAUGCUCUGUUUGAAAAUGUAAAAGAAAUGUACCCAUAUAUAUCACAUUAUUUUUUAAAUAUAUAUUUCUUUAUGAUAUUUUAAUGGUUUGUUUUAGAAUAAUCAAUCACCCUGACUGGAAUUGUUUCUGCGUUUCCAGUUAGAUACAUGUGCAGUCAAUAUUAAAUCUGUAUCCAAUAACCAAUUUAACAAAUAUCUUGGCUGAGUGUACAAAUAUUGGGAACAGAUUCUUAAUGACGAGCUGCACAGCUUUGUUUUUUGCACAUUCAUCUUCUCAAAUUGAUAAGCGACCGUGGAUUUCGCUUCGACUCGUCUGCGUAGUUUACUUCAUGCACAGAGCAGGUGGUAGCUGAUAUUUUGUACACUCAGCGUGUUCGGGAAAUGUUCGAGUAGGAUUGCACUUUUAAACCCCAAUUAUCUUUGUACUGUGUACUGUCUACUGUAUUACCUACAUGUAGAAGGCUGGAGAAUAAGUGGAAUAAAAGCAUUGG